CGCCGCCCUCCCUCCCUCCCUCCCUCCCUUCGCGGGGGCUGGGACCAGAGAAGUGUUGUAAACUUCCAGUCGGAGCCAGGACGAGGAGGAGGAAGAGGAAGCCUUUCUUUACUACCUGGAUCCCAAACUUGUAGUUCCGUGAGUGUUUCUGGGACAUCAUGUCGCACCCCAGUGCUCCUCCAGACUACGAUGACCGAAACCCCCUCAAGCCUCCACCUGCAGCUGGAUACCCUGGAUACCCAGGAGGUUACCCACAGCCCCCACCAUAUGGAAGCGGGUAUCCACAGCCUGGAGGCUACCCACAACCUGGAGGUUACCCACAGCCUGGGUACCCGUCAGCAGGGGGAUAUCCCCAACCUGUUCCUCCAAUGCCGACAAUUCCAAUGAACUUCGGUGACAGCUAUAUCAGUGGUGAUUCAGGAGGGGAUGGAGCCUUUCGUGUUGCAGAUUGGGAUGAUAAGAAAGUCAGACACACUUUCAUCCGCAAGGUCUAUGCCAUCAUCUCAGUGCAGCUCAUCAUAACAGUGGCAAUCAUUGCGAUCUUCUCCUUUGUUGAGCCUGUGUCCGAGUUUGUCCGGAGAAAUGUUGCUGUGUAUUAUACAUCAUAUGGUGUGUUCCUGGUCACUUAUCUGGUGCUUGUAUGUUGUGAAGGCCCACGGAGACGCUUUCCAUGGAAUCUCAUCCUACUCUUCGUCUUUACACUGGCCAUGGGAUUUAUGACAGGCACCAUUGCUAGCAUGUACAGUACAAAGGCUGUGCUAAUUGCCAUGCUAAUCACCGCAAUUGUGGCCAUAAUUGUCACAAUCUUCUGCUUCCAAACAAAGGUGGAUUUCACAUCCUGUGCUGGCUUGUUCUGUGUAUUGGGCAUCGUCGUUAUGGUGACUGGGAUUAUCACAGCCAUUGUCCUGUCCUUCAAAUAUGUCCCCUGGCUCCACAUGUUGUAUGCAGCCAUUGGUGCAAUUGCUUUCACCCUGUUCCUUGCCUAUGAUACUCAGUUGGUGCUAGGCAACAGGAAACAUACCAUCAGCCCUGAGGAAUAUGUGUAUGGAGCACUCAAGAUCUACACAGACAUUGUUUACAUCUUUACUUUCCUCCUGCAGAUUGUAGGCAGCAGAGAUUAGGCGGUGGAGGCUCUGCUUUUGUGUUAGGACUUUUGGCAACUUUCCCCAGAAGACAAAUGGAACGUGAUUUUCUGAAUAUGUUCUGCUGCGCGGCUUUCACCUCUAGUUCAUGUAUAGCAGCUGCUAGGGGAUUUAUGUACUGGACAGAGAUAAGGAUAAAAGUGGGAAACCAUAUAUUGUAUACAGUGUAGAUAUGGAUCUUAAUAUGCAAUCUGCCUUUUUUUCUCCAUUACCAUUGUGGAGCUCUUCCUAUAAUUGGUGUGAUAUAUCUUGGCCAUUUCAGCUUAUCUCUUACUUGCAUUUUGUCAGCAUACUUAUUCAUGUUGUUGAUGGCUAUUCCAAAAAUUUCAGGGCUCCACUGAAUACAUGCAAAUAAACAUUAUAUUUUUGAAUUAAGAUUUCCAAUAUAUUUAUAUGUUGCAGCAGUGUGAGAAGGGGCUUAUAUUCAUUGUCUCUAUGAGACAGUGUGAUUCUGUGCAUGCCUGCUCAGGACUAAAUCUUAAUAAGUUCAGUGGGGUUUAGUUCCAUGUAAAUGAGCCGAAGACUAUUGUCCAUUACCACUACUGCUGCUAAUGAUGAUUAUAUUCAUUUAUUUCCUACACAUUUCCCUAUAUUAAGUAAAAUAUGUACUUACAGUGUAAGGUUUCAAUUUAAUGUAUACUUAUUUGGGGGUAAAACUCCUUGAAAUCUUGUUGAGUAAACAAAUAAAUAGCUUUGUUAUACUAU